AUGGAUGAAUUAGAAAUGAAAUAUUAGGAUUAGAUUAAUACUUUAUAAAAGGCUAUAAAGACACAAAAUGAUGUACUUAUCAAUAAGAUUUAAACAAUAAUAAAUUAAUCAACUUUGGAAGUGUUUCAAACUCUAGAAAGAAACUUUGCUGAAUUUAGAUAGAAUUAUAGAGAAAUAAGAGAUUUUAAAGAGUAGAAUAGUCACUUCGUUAAUUAUUCAUACUUAUGGGAAGAAAUAUAGAACUAUGCAAACUUAAAUUUGAGAAGUAAUCUCUAUAUAUUUAUAUAAUGUUUAGCUUUGAGAGAAUAAAUUUCAAAUUCAAUUGGUGGUUUAUAAGAAAUUAAAUAAGCUACAAAUGAUGAUUAAUAAGUAUCAUCAUUAUUAGAUGUUAUGUAACUAUUAUUGAAGGCUGCAGAAUUAUAUAUGAAAAAUUUAAAGGAGGCCGUAUCAUUACCUAAUCCAAUUGCUUUGAAAGAUAAAUUCAAAUAAAUUUAAUAGGAAGUUGGAGGAUUUAAAGAUGGAAGAAUAGGUAGAACAUUAAAUAAACUUGAAAGUAUUUCAUUUAAAGAGAAUCAAACACUUAAUUGUAAUUAAAUAUUUGACAUAUUUCCAUUGUUGAACUCUAAUUAAAUGUUGAUUGCUACAUAUGAAAACGAAUUAUUUUUAUAUGAUGCUAAUUUGAAUUCACUUAUUCAAAGAAUUGAUUCAAUGAGAUAUGUACCAUGUUCUUGUUUACAAUUAUUUAAAGUAAAGGGAAAGAAUUUAAUACCUUCAAAUUUAAUGUUGUUAGGUGGAAGUGAAUUCGAUCCAAAUAUAUAUUUGUUUGAUUUGUAUUUUGGUAAAAAAAUAUAGACAUUUCCAGGACAUGAGAAAAGUGUAAGAUUUCUAUGUUAAUUGGGAGAUGUUAGUACAUUUGCAAGUUUAGGAAGAGAUUCUAAAAUGUUUUUUUGGAAUUUAAUAAAAGGAGAACCUCAUUAAAUAUUAUCAAUUCCUACAAUUGAGAUAAUUGAAAUGCAAUUAUAAAUAUCUACAAAAUGUAUCUAUACAUUAAGUAUAGAUGGUAGAAUAUGUAUAAUAAAAAUAUUUGAUGAUUCAUAAUCUUUUUAAAAAGGAGAAAUUGUAAAUUUGAUAGAACUUGUAUAAACAUCAAGUUUAUCUUAAAUGAUAAUUGAAGAAAGAUUAAGAGUAAUAUCUUUUAAUAAUGGAUGGCUGACUGGUUAGAAUUCAAUUAGAAUUUAUGAUGAGAUUCCUUUAUAAACAUCUAGAAAAAUGAAGAAAACAUUAGAAAUAGGAUUAGAGAGUGAGAUUUCAUAAUUAAAUACUAUAAUAACAAAAGAUUAAUUAAUAAUGAUUAGUAUUGAUAAAAGCAAUGGUAAAUUAAAUGCAUUUGUUAAUGGAUAAAAAAUAAAUAUAUUUUCUAAUGAAUAAUAGGAAGAUUUAGAUAAUAAACAGAAUAAGUAAUCAAGAUGGAAUAUCAAAUUAUUUACUAUAAAUGGGUAAUUAAAUUUAGUAAAGUUUGGAGAAAGCAAUUAAAUACAGAUUUAUGAAUUAAAAUAUCAAUAACUAUGA